AUGAAUAAGUCAAGGGAUUGGAAUAUUGUGGAUGAUGAAUUAAAUCGUAAAUUAAAAUAGUCACAAGAAAUAAAAUCAUAAUUAGAUGACCAAUCGACUGAAUAGCUACUGUAAAAUAAGGAUUAGAAUUAGGGUAUGCAUAAUCUAAUUCAAAUUUAGAGUAUAAUAGCGAUGUUAAUUAUUAUAAGGAGUUUUGGAGAUACUACAUUCUAAAUGAAAUGGCUAUAAAGAAAGUCAAUGAACUUCAUUCUUAAAAUUAAAAACUGCAUGAAUUAAUAGGAGAUAUUGAUGUAAACCUAAGUGAUAUUAUUAAGAAACUAUAAUAAGAAUUGCAUUUUGCUCUGAGUUAUCGUCAUAAAAAGAAAAAUAGAAGGACUUCCUAGGAAAUUGAGAAGAGUUUUGUCUGUCCUUAUGAAAAAUGUAAUAAAUAGUAUGGAAGUGAUGUUUCUUUGAAUUUGCACAUCAAAUUGAAGCACGAUGGAGGCAAUAAAACUGAUAGAGAAAAAUUUGCUGUAAAUACAUUCCCUAUUCUUUCAUUAGAAAAUGAUUAUUGAGGCUCAGUAAAAUGGAGAAACUAUCACAGAUAUGAAUAUUAAUAUCAAAUUCCCUCCUGGUUAUUUAGAUGUAAUAAUACAAUAUCAUAAUAUAGUAAUUUAAGAACCAAUUUCUGAACACUUAAUAAAAUUAGUUAAAUUAAGAACGAAAGUCAAUCGAAUAAGAUUGA